UACCCGGAAGUUUAUUCCUAAUAUUGCGUGUUAGUUUACUUACCCAUUCUAACCACACUGCAGUACCUGCAAACGCCAUGGCAACUUUGUUAUUCGUUAAAAGUUGGAUAUUUUUCUGUGUCACAAGCUGUCAGUUGAUAACGGUAGAAUCCUGCUGGUCUAGUUCAAACUUUACCCUUUUAUUUUCCUGCGAGGAUACCAACGGUUCGAACUUUGAAUAUAGACCUGUUUUAGGAGUUUUUGGUUUUGGUUUUUUAUUACUAUUAAUUGUGCUAAUUUGCUGCAAGGAAAGAAAACAGUCUUCACAAGAGACUACAAACAUUCGUCAUGCUGACACGUCUCCGGCUAGAACCAAUACCGUUAACAAUGGUUCAGGUAUGCCAAGAUUUGGAUAUCCUACAACUGAGAAUCCUAUAUUUGGGCAAUAUGAUGAUCAGGAACAGCAUGUUUAUUGCUUACCAGCGCUACCUCAAUAUGAAGCACCACCAAAAUAUUCAACACUGCCUCGACAUACAUCACUACCAGAAAAUAUGCCACCACCACCAGAGUAUGACUCUUCAUGUGUAUAAGGGUAUGAGCAACAACUCCCAGGACUUGGUCAUUCACCAGGACCACCACAGUCAGAACGUGGUCAUGCAUCAGAACCA